GCAGGCGGGGAAGCGCCUUGGAGAGGCGGAGCGCAUCCGAUCGCCCUGCGCCGCCAUGCCCAAAGUGGUCUCCCGUUCCGUGGUCUGCUCCGACACGCGCGACCGGGAGGAAUACGACGAUGGCGAGAAGCCGCUCCACGUCUAUUACUGCCUCUGCGGACAGAUGGUGCUGGUCUUGGAUUGCCAACUUGAGAAGCUGCCCAUGAGACCCCGGGAUCGGGCCAGAGUUAUCGAUGCGGUCAAACAUGCCCACAAAUUCUGUAACACAGAAGAAGAGGAAAAUGUUUACCUGCGCAGGCCCGAAGGCAUUGAACGGCAAUACAGGAAAAAAUGUGGAAAGUGUGGCCUACUCCUUUUCUACCAACACCAGCAGAAGAAUGCUCCAGUGACGUUCAUUGUUGAUGGAGCCGUGGUCAAAUUUGGACAAGGCUUUGGAAAGACCAACAUCUACACCCAGAAGCAAGAACCCCCUAAGAAGGUGAUGAUGACCAAACGGACGAAGGACAUGGGCAAGUUCAGCUCAGUGACGGUCUCCACCAUUGAUGAAGAAGAAGAAGAGAUUGAAGCGCGAGAAAUUGCUGAUUCAUAUGCCCAAAAUGCCAAAGUGAUUGAGAAGCAGCUGGAAAGGAAAGGCAUGAGCAAGAGAAGGCUGCAGGAACUGGCCGAGCUGGAAGCCAAGAAGGCCAAAAUGAAAGGGACGCUUAUCGACAAUCAGUUCAAGUAAGAAGUUUCUCCAAAAGAAGAGAAGCAACCCAACACAUUCUUUUGUUUCCUUUCUGGUUUGUCCCAAGGAAUUUGGCCGCACUCAUGAAAACGGCAGUGAACGGUGGCAACCUGGCAAACGGAAACUAUCUGUUUCUGUUCUGCUUUAUUUCUAAUGUAUUUGCCUGUAAUUUCUUCUGAGGCUUUACCUUCUCGAGGUUCUGAGAAUUUCGAUUUCUGUAAUUUGCUGUAUAUUCUGUUUUGCAAAACGUUGUAAAAUGUGUGAGGAGAACUGCAGAGUUUUGGGGGGGCGGGGUUAGUUAUUUGUAUAUUUUCAUAUGUACAUAGAAUUCUAGUGAGCCAGAAACCAAUAAAAAUAUUAAACAUUUGGUAAACAAUUA